GCCAGGUGACAGUUAAUGGCGACGGCCGCCUGAGGCGGGCGGCAGAGUAGGGCUGCAGGACACGCGUGGCGGAACAUUCCGGCCCGCCGCUCCUGUCCGACUGCGGCUUCCCGGCGGUUGCAGGGCUCCGCAGGGGCUUGGCUCUCCAUGGACAGGCCAGUGGCGGCGGCGGCGGCGGCGGGCUGUGAGGGCGCUGGGGGCCCGGGCCCGGGACUGGCGAGCGGCAGGAGGCCCCCUCGGGCCUCUGGGGGCGCCGCUGCCGGCUCCCGGCAACCCAGCGUGGAGACCCUGGACAGUCCUACAGGGUCACAUGUUGAAUGGUGUAAACAGCUUAUAGCUGCUACAAUUUCUAGUCAGAUUUCAGGUUCAGUGACAUCAGAAAAUGUAUCCAGAGAUUAUAAGGUUUUCAGGAGGCCUGAUAUAAGGAAUAUUCAUAAAGCAAGACAAAGAUUGGAGAUACAGGAAGAACACAAUGGCUACCCUUCUGAAGCUGAAGCUGAUCAGGCUCUAAGGGAUGGAAAUAAGUUGGCACAGAUGGAAGAAGCGCCACUUUUUCCAGGAGAAUCAAUUAAGGCUAUUGUGAAAGAUGUCAUGUAUAUCUGCCCAUUUAUGGGAGCAGUGACUGGAACCCUGACUGUGACGGACUUUAAGAUGUACUUCAAAAACGUAGAGAGGGAUCCACAUUUUAUCCUUGAUGUUCCCCUUGGAGUGAUCAGCAGAGUUGAGAAGAUUGGUGUGCAGAGUCAUGGGGACAAUUCUUGUGGUAUAGAGAUCGUGUGCAAGGAUAUGAGGAACUUGCGACUUGCUUAUAAACAGGAGGAACAGCGUAAACUUGGAAUAUUUGAAAACCUCAACAAACAUGCAUUUCCUCUUUCCAAUGGGCAGGCACUAUUUGCAUUCAGUUAUAAAGAAAAAUUUCCAAUUAAUGGCUGGAAAGUUUAUGAUCCAGUAUCUGAAUAUAAGAGACAGGGCUUGCCAAAUGAGAGUUGGAAAAUAUCCAAAAUAAACAGUAAUUAUGAGUUCUGUGACACCUACCCUGCCAUCAUUGUUGUGCCAACUAGUGUAAAAGAUGAUGACCUUUCAAAAGUGGCAGCCUUUCGAGCAAAAGGCAGAGUCCCUGUGUUGUCAUGGAUUCAUCCGGAGAGUCAGGCAACAAUUACCCGUUGCAGCCAGCCACUGGUGGGUCCCAAUGAUAAACGCUGCAAAGAGGAUGAAAAAUACUUGCAAACAAUAAUGGAUGCUAAUGCACAGUCCCACAAACUUAUUAUCUUUGAUGCCCGACAAAACAGUGUUGCUGAUACCAACAAGGCAAAGGGUGGAGGAUAUGAAAGUGAAAGUGCUUACCCUAAUGCCGAGCUUGUAUUCUUGGAGAUCCACAAUAUUCAUGUGAUGAGAGAGUCACUACGGAAAUUAAAAGAGAUCGUGUACCCUUCCAUUGAUGAGGCACGGUGGCUAUCCAACGUGGAUGGGACACAUUGGCUGGAAUAUAUAAGGAUGCUUCUUGCUGGGGCAGUAAGAAUUGCUGAUAAAAUUGAAUCUGGGAAAACCUCUGUGGUGGUGCACUGCAGCGAUGGUUGGGACCGAACAGCCCAGCUCACAUCUUUGGCGAUGCUGAUGUUGGACAGUUAUUACAGGACCAUUAAAGGAUUCGAAACUCUCAUAGAAAAGGAGUGGAUAAGCUUCGGACAUAGGUUUGCACUGCGAGUGGGCCAUGGUGAUGACAACCAUGCUGAUCCUGACCGAUCUCCUAUAUUCCUUCAAUUUAUUGAUUGUGUUUGGCAAAUGACAAGACAGUUUCCUUCAGCAUUCGAGUUUAAUGAACUAUUCUUGAUUACAAUUCUGGAUCACCUUUAUAGCUGUCUCUUCGGGACCUUUCUGUGUAACUGUGAACAACAGCGGCUCAAAGAGGAUAUAUAUACAAAGACUAUAUCUUUAUGGUCUUAUAUCAAUAGCCAGCUAGAUGAAUUUUCUAAUCCCUUCUUUGUGAAUUAUGAAAACCAUGUGUUAUAUCCUGUUGCUAGUCUGAGUCAUUUGGAAUUAUGGGUGAACUAUUAUGUACGAUGGAAUCCACGAAUGAGACCACAGAUGCCAAUUCACCAGAAUCUCAAGGAGCUGCUGGCUGUCAGGGCUGAGCUGCAGAAGCGGGUGGAGGAUCUGCAGCGGGAGGUGGCCACACGUGCCGUCUCAUCCUCGUCUGAGCGGGGCUCCUCGCCCUCCCACUCAGCCACUCCUGUCCACACCUCAGUCUGAUGAGCAAGGCCAGUGUCUCGGGCCAUCUUGCUGCUCCACCAUCUCCCAGGCGGCUCAAGAACCUGGUCAUUACUGUUAGGGCUGUAACUUGUGAUCUUGUCUCUUAGGAUUAGGCCCAGGGACCAUCUGUGUGGCUAGGUGGCAGCUCCCACUGUCAGUAAAUGCUUUUUGUUUUGUGACCAGCCUGCGACCCUCGUGUAGCCGGAUUCACAGGGGAGCCACCUGUCACACACACCCUGUGAACCACCUUCCUCUCCUAUGGACAGUGUGGGGGAAAUUUGAGUGGAUGCAGCGCAGCACUUAGGCUUAGAACAUCUCACGCCAUUUCUUUCCAAGUUAAACUCUUCAUAGAAAAAACAUCCUUCACUUGAAAGACCACACUGCCAGGCAUGUGGCUUCUUUCAGCUCUUUGCCACAACUUGAAAACUGUUUUUAAAUGAAAUGUUUUGGGGAAUAUAGACAAUUGCCAUCUAGUCAACAGUUACCUUCAUGCAAGGGGUCUUCCUGCACCAAUUACUCUUGUGUACAUAUAAGGUAUUUUUUAAAAAGAGAAACAUGCCUUUAUUUUCCUAUGUCCUUUUUUAUGUUUAGAAUAGUCACCUGAGGGGGGAUUUGCUUAACUGGACUAUGUGAUAAAUUCUUUCCAAAUGAACUUCAUGCUGACUUUGGUGUGGUACAUUUGAAAUAAGCUUUGGAUGUGGUCAUUUCAAUGGCAAUGUGUUAUUGACCUCAACCAAACUCUGUACUUGCCUCCUGAGGUGGCCCAGUCCAUUCACAGGGAGCAAUGGGUGCCUCAGGACAGCAAGAAUUAGGUUAUGCUGAGAACUCAGACAGCUGUGCCUAAGUGCUGGCCUCCCAGACAGCUCCUUCAAGAGCAGCGCCUAUUGAUAAUUUCUGGGCUGUUUCUGCAGCCCACCAUCUCUCGACAGAUGCCAGGCAUCUGUAUCAAAGCAAGGCUGCUUUCUUGUCCAGUGAUUUGCCUGGACAAAAUAAUAUUUGUCAUUUUAUCACAACCCUUUCACAUCAGUUUAUUCACAAGACUGCCUGUCCAUAUUUUCAAGCAACCACUGUGCCAUGGCUGAGGUUUGCUAGAGCAGAGCACACUUUUCCCUUGGUUCUUCCUUCUCAGAGCCAGCCUCAGUUAGGCAAGCUUCUCUCCAUCGUUCUGCACCUUCACUUAAUGAAUUUAAGCUCUGUGAUUCUGUGAGUCCUUGUAAGAAUGAAUUUAUGAUCAACUCUUAGCUCCUUCGUGUGGGGUGCCAGCAUCCCUCCACCAAGUGCUGUGCCCAUUUCUGCAAAUCACCAGACCCCUACCUGCAGCAGGAGGUAAGAUUACUCUCUGAAGCUUAAAGGGUCAGCCUCGGAACUACUGUUUUGCACCCUCUUCUGGUUGGUGUCAAGUUGCUGAAUGCCACACAGAGUCCUACAUGUUGACCUUACUUUUUAAAAUAUAUUCCUAAAAAAGGUUUUCUAUGGUCAAAUAUAGAGAAUAGAUUUUUUUUUCAACUUGCAACCUUCUGAUUCUUACAGAAAAUUAUUCUUCCAGAAGAUACUAGAAAUAUUUAUUGAAGAUAAUUUGAUAACCUCAAAUUCUCAAUUCUUAUCAUCUGGGGGAUUUGUUGCUAAAUCAUAGCUUAAUUAACGUUUACUUUUGAUUUAUGUUCCCAACACAUCCAAAAGCUGAUUUAUAAACUAUUAUUCAUUGAUGCACUGAUUUUUUUUAAAAUGGAGAUAUUUCCCAUUUUUAUUCCCCUGGAAAAAUAUAAUUCCCCAGCCGUACUAGAGCUGUUUUUAUAGUGGAGUGGAUGAUGCUUUUGGCAGAAUCAGAGAAGCCAAGAGUGCUAAUUCUUGGUGAGGUGAGCUGGCUGGUAUGGGUGGAGUGGGAGCUGCCCCCUGCCAAGCUGCAUGCUCCCUCACCUGGGUGGUCUCUGCCAGCCAGAUCCCUCGAAACUCCCAUUUGAU